AAUCUAAAUUGACUAAAACCCGUUUCCAGGGGCUCCUGAUACCCCAAUGGCCCCCGAGGUCCCAGAACUUCGUACCUCCCUGGGUUCUCCGCGAAGAUCACGAAAGUACUCGAGUCCGUUGAUUCCGUUCGGGGCCCGCGACUAGCCAAUCAGGGGCCUCCUACCUGAAGGUUUGUGUAAGCCGAACAGGUAGUUCUCGUGGCCGUGGACGUGGAGGGGUUCGGCUUCAAGUGGCUCAGGUAUUUCCAGUCGAGGAUGUGCGGGGUCCACCGAAAUCUCGGUUGUGUUCCACGUUCGUUGUAAAUAUAGUGAUCCAAGGUGAUAAAUGCGUGAUCCAUAAGAGACCCACGCCCGGAAAAAUACAAGGAUCGACGUGGUGCCCGUACCUGCGGACCGACGUACCUACGUGCUCAAGUGAAACUCGCUGCUGCUGCCGUUGCUGCUGUCAAGAAUAAGGAAAAAAUACCAGAAGAUGCCUUAUUACAAUAGUGGUCAUGGCCCUGUAGCAUACAAUAAAGAUGGUGGCUCGAGUGGCCCGUCCAGCACAUCUGGAGGCCGAGUUGGUGGAUCAGAGCCAACGUAUAUAAUGGAACACUUGGCUACAUUCACAGUAACAAAAGAAACUGGAAUAGUUUAUCCAGCUGAUGGUAUGCGGCGUCUUUUGCAGCUGGAAAAAAGUAACGGUAUCUGGAGUCAGAAGAUGCAACUUCGUCUUGAGAGAAAUUGGGUUCUCAUCAUGGAUAACGAAACUGGGGCUGUCAUGGAGAGAUUCCCUGCGUCUCUUAUUCAAGAGCCCACAGCCUUUACGUCACGCGAUCCUAUGGAGAUGUACAAUAAUAUCUUAGUUUUCACUGUGGGUGAAGACAGUGGGUCUGGACAGCGGGCGGAGAUGCACAUCUUCCAGUGCCAGAGUAUUUCCGCUCAGGAUCUCGUCGAAGACCUGAAGAUGCUGCAGAGUGGAAAAUUGGUACCUGGAGGCUCACCGAGGGGACCCAGAGGACAUAUACCUCCUCCACCGGCGUUGCCACCACCUGAGCCUCCUCUUAACGGCGUCAAUGUUCGAGAGCAGGUCUCUGCUUUUAACGCCGCUAAUAACGAUGGUCCAAACGACAUAUCCAGGGAUGAGAACAACGACGAAGUGUCAUCCACUUCAUCCGAAAAAUACGAGCGGGAUGUCACCAUUUUGAACCACUGUUUCGACGAUAUUGAAAAAUUUAUCGCUCGUCUGCAACACGCAGCUGCUGCCUCCAGAGAACUGGAACGUCGGCGUCGAAACAGAAAAUCAAAAAAACGCAACCUCGGUGACGGGAUGUUGACAAUGAGAGCAAAGCCACCUCCAGAGGCAGAGUUCAUCGACAUCUUCCAGAAAUUCAAGCUCUCCUUCAACCUCCUCGCGAAAUUGAAGGCGCACAUUCAUGACCCUAAUGCACCCGAGUUGGUGCACUUCCUCUUCACACCUCUGGCCCUUAUCGUUGAUGCUUCUCACGACACGAAUUACGAUCCAAAUCUGCCGAGCAAGGUCAUGUCACCGCUCUUGACGCGAGAGGCAAUCAAUCUGCUGAUCAACUGCGUGACCAGCAAGGAAACAGAGCUGUGGCACUCCUUGGGAGACACGUGGACAAUGCCAAGAGAUCAAUGGAAGGGUCACGUGCCUCCUUAUCAUCCAGUCUUCAUGGAUGGAUGGUCGCCGGAGUAUCCGAUACCGGAAGAUCGGGACAAUGAUCAUCUGAACUCACUCCUCCAUGCUGACAAACAGAAGAGGGAUGAUCUUCCAGAGCCUCCGAAUGAUUCGUAUUAUAAUCACAGGGAUGUUGAUGAGUCUCACUACAGCAGUGACUACCUCGACUACGAGAGCAGGGAAGAACGUGGCAACGUGGAAUACUUCGACAGGAAUUAUGGGCCAGCCCCUGAACUGUACGGAAGGGAAGAACGGGAGAGGGAAAGGGUUGAUCAGACUCGAGCUCACAGCGACAUAUCGGUAGAUUCGAUCGAAAGGGGCCCUCGGGGUGUGCCAGGUCACGAGAGGGCCCAAGAGGCUUGGCUGGACGACCUUCUCACUCGUCACGCGAAGAUCGUGCAGGUCACUUAUCCCAGAACGGCGAACAACGACAAGGAACUCACCGUCGUGAGGGGCGAGUAUCUCGAGAUCCUCGACGACAGCAGGAAGUGGUGGAAGGCGCGAAACUCGAGGGGCCAGGUCGCCCAUGUUCCUCACACCAUCGUCACGCCUCACAAUCCAGCGCACACUGGUGACAAUGACGUUUUCAACAAUCCUCUCUACACCACCAGAUACCAGCGACAGGGGCACGGCUACAAUUACGAGGAUUCAGAAUUGGAUACCAGUACUAGUCCCGGACCGGAAACCUCUCAUAGACCUCACACGAUUCCACCCCCGGCUCCUGCCGAAUGGGUGCGCAAAGAACGUCUUGGAAAAAAAGGUGAACCCAGUAUUUCAAGUGAAGCUCUAAGUGAUGACGUCCUAUCAAUAGCUGACAGUUUACAAUCAUUUGGAAGCACCAAAACUGUAAAUUCAUGGGAAGUCAAUCAUAAGACCCGCCUAAAUUCUCUAAGUGAAUCUUCUACGAUUUAUCAGAGUUCUUUGGAAUCCUCUAGUAAAAUUCAUCAAAAUCAAUCGGAAUAUUCUACUAAAAUCUACCAGAAUCCGUCAGAAUCUUCUACUAAAAUCUUUGAAAAUCCGUCAGAUUUUUAUAAUAAACUUUAUCGGAGUCAAUCUGAAUCUUCCACUAAACUCGUACCACUCCCGCCGCCUCUGCCAACAAUUUUUCCAAAAACACCCCAAGAGGAAAAUAAAAUGGGAUCUAUCAAAAGUAUAAAAAGCACCAUGAGCAUAAAGUCAAUGUCAGAAGGUUCGAGUGGUCUUCAUCAGGUACAUCAAGAACUAAAGUCUGUUUUGACAAUGUUUCGUGAAAAGAAACGAGCCGGAAAUUCUGAACCUGAAUCGAAACUAUACAUAAAUCAAUAUUCUUCUCCACGCGAAGUCCAGAAUUGGUUGGUGAAUAAAGGAUUUUCAGAAAAAACAUCAAAGCACUUAAAAGGUAUGACAGGAGUAGAACUUUUUACAUUAUCCAUCAGGGAUUUAGAACACUAUUGUGGAGUAGAAUGGAAAAAAUUAAAUGAAGAACUCACACGUUCUCGAAACACUUCUAGUCACAAAAACACUCGCUCUUCAGAACUGAAACGAAUUCUGGGAGAGGUUCGAAAAGAUGGGACUGCAAACAAAUCUUAAUGAAGAAGAAAUUUUAUACAAGAGAAUUUGUGGUUGGGACUUUUCCGAGUAUCUACUUAAAAUAAUAUUCUUUUUUAAUCAAAAAAGAUCUUCACCAAAUAAAACAAAAACAUAUUUUCGCUACAUCGAAGCUUUAAAUCGAACAAUAUAAAGUUUCAAGACAAACAUUAUUACUCAAAAAUAUACAGCAGUCCGUCUAGAUUGGAAUCUAGUUUUGUUUUAUUUCAGAAAUCUGCGAGUUCUUGGAGUUCGUUAUACCGCUUAUUCUUAAAAAUUUAUAUUCGUUAUUAUUUUCUGCGUACGUAAUUAUAAUUAUUUGUUUUCAGUUAUUGCGAAUUUUUUAAAAAUAGUACAUAAAAAUGCUUACCUGUGAUAAGAGAUGAAUCGUAAAGACGUCAAAAAUAGAUAAAGACAUUGAUUCAUGUAUUGUGUGCUAUUUGUAAGUUAAAAAAUAGUUACGUUUAAAGAUGUAUAGAUGAAACAAAGUCUAAACUAAAAACGAAGGGUUUUAAAGUUUAAUAAAAA